CAGACAUUUUCUGAUUUGCGUUAUUCAACGAGGUGUUCAUUCAAACUGCGAUCAUGUCAUUGGAUAGCCAGGGUGAUCUCGGCAAUCUUGACAAGAAAACGCAAAACGAACUAGUAGAUUUGUUGACUAGACAAGAGAAGCUACUAGCUAACCCAAAAUUCUUGCAUAGAUUACCUGAUAAAGGGGCUAAGAUAAAACAGUUUGCCAAGAAAUUGCAGAAGCUUAUUGAAGAUAGAGACAAAGUAGAGGACACUGUGAAACUUUUGGAAAAAAUGAGAAUUGAACCAGAAAUAAAACAAACUACAAUGCAGAGUGGAGAGUUAGACAGCGAUGAUGAUGAUGACAUUGAUACACAGGAGACAAUGCUAGUAGGUGAAGUGAAAGAAAGAGUAGGAAUGGAUAUGGAGGUUAAACCUAGCAAUGGAGUGAAACCAAACCAAAAGGAAUCUAGAUUCAAGAGAACAUCAUCUGACAAGAAAUUUGCAACAGACAAUGUUUUCCUGACAAUGGGAAAAGCUGAACCCAAAAAACAAACAUUCAAACCAUACAGGACUUUAAAAUCAGACAAAAUCCCAGACAGUUUUUUGAGGCCAGCCCCUCCCCCAGAUAAAAUCAGAGAGAGGUGUGCAGUGGAGGAGAUAUCAGUGGUGAAACCACCCAAAAUUGAACACUCUGGUGGAGCCAAGAUAUUAGAUCUUAAAGAAUCUGUUGCAUUGGAACAAAAACAACAGAAAAUAUACGAGGAAAUCCUUGCCAAACAUGCAGCCGAGAGACUUACUCAAAGAAUAAAUAUCACCAUGGAAACCCACACUCUUACUGAUUUAAAUUACCGUGAGGUAGGGGAUGAUGAUAGCGAGUCAGAAGAUGAGACUAAUGAUGUAGAUGACUGACAUGGUUAAAAUAAACAUCAUCUUGACUCAAUACUGAUGCGUACUUGGAGCAUA